AUGAUGUUGGAUAUGCUUGCCACCAAACCUUUGGGGGCUGGGGUAUUGUGUUUCAAAGGUGCUACUGCUGCUGCUGCUGCUGGAUCAGUGAGUCUUACCAGAGGGUUAUCCAGACUUAGCAGUUGGCCAUCAUUGGAUUCUCAACCCCAAUUUAAGGGAUCCACUUCUUUGCCAUCAUUGGAGUCUGAAACCCAAUUGAGGAGAAAUCAUUCAAUGGUCUUCACACGAGGUUUGAAAAUCAUUGCUAAGCAUGGCCAUCAAGCAUCGGAAAUGAAAAAGAUCAAAGGGAUCGAUGUGUUUGUUGACGAAACCACCGAUACCAUCUAUACCAAGAAUACAUUCCCUCAUGAAGAAUUAACGAUGCAAGAAAUGGGGUCGAUCACCGUGACCCACCGAGUUCCAAGAACUUUAAGAGAUCGCUAUGCGUUGUGGUUAGUGAGGAUGUUAAGAUUUGGGUUUGAUAUUUGUACUGGGUACCGCCAUCCAAAACCAAAACAUGCUGGUGCUGAGUCGAGUGUGAUAAAACAAGAAGAUUAUAAAAUGACCCCUGAGAAAUGGAUUUCGCGGUUCAUUUUCCUUGAAAGUAUUGCUGGGGUUCCGGGGAUGGUGGGAGCGUUCAUCCGCCACCUUCAUUCGCUCAGACUUUUGAGAAGAGAUAAAGCAUGGAUUGAGACAUUAUGCGAUGAGGCGUACAAUGAGAGAAUGCAUUUAUUGACAUUUAUCGAGAUUGGGAAACCAUCAUUUAUUACUCGAGCGUUCCUCUACGCGGCCCAAGGAGUGUUUGUCAAUAUGUUUUUCUUAUCUUAUCUUAUUACCCCAAAGACGUGUCAUCGGUUUGUCGGAUACCUUGAAGAAGAAGCGGUGAUGACAUAUAGCCAAUGUCUCAAGGACAUUGACGAAGGAUUAUUGGAUGAUUUGAAAGAUAUUCAAGUACCGGAUAUCGCGUUAGCGUAUUGGAACAUGGAACCAUCGGCAACUUUCAAAGACUUGAUUCUUUACAUUAGGGCCGACGAGUCUAAGCAUAGAGAGGUCAAUCAUACUUUAGCAAACUUGAAGCAAAAGCAAGACCGGAACCCAUAUGCUUUUGUUGCCGAUGAUAGUAAACCUCAGCCAAGUAAUGGAUUUGAGAAUUACAAGCCAAGAGGGUGGGAAAGAGAGGAAAUUGCAAAAAUCAAUGAGAAGGAAGGGUGA